GCCGCCCCGCGCCCAGGUCGGAGCCCGGAAGCCCUGAGGCGCUGGUGGUCGGGCCACGGCCAUGGCGGGCGCGGGGCUGCGGCGGCUGCCGCUUCUGCUCUUCCUCGUCUUCCCUAUCGCACCCGCCGCUGCGGCCUUGCGGCUGCUGUUGGGCGCCGCGCCGCCUUUCACCUGCUCCCAGCCGGAUUUAAACUGCCUUGUAAGAAACAGUACAUGCAUGGAGACGAGCUGGCUGCUGGGUUCCACCUGGACUCCAUCUGCUCCAAGCAGUCUCAAUGUCUCUUCUGAUGUUUUCCGUCAGGAGGAUGGAAAACUGGUACCUGUGCUCCAGAUUGAAUGGAAAGUGGCCACUGAUGCUAGCAUCCAGUAUCUCCAAGGGGCAGAGCUGGCUGUGAUGCAAGUGAACAGCAAUCAACAGAUCUGCGCCCAAUUUGACUUUCAGAACAACUUGACGCUUCAGGUCCGUCCAGAUGGAGGCCGGUGGAAUUUUGCUUUUGACCGUUUUGAAGUGGAACCUGGCCAGACUUACCAAGUGACUGUCUACCACCUGCCCAAACUGACUGUAAAUGGAGACUAUAAUUGCAAGUCCACGUCUCUCACAAUUCCUGACUGCAAGGACUCUCUAAUGAAAAGAACCAUCCCAUGUAUAAACACAGGCAGCUUGUGGGAGCCCAAGAUCCAAGGCAGAAUUCUAGAUGACACAACUCUGCUUGUGAGCUUUAACCCGUGGACAGAGUCAGCCCGAUACCAAAUUCACGUGGCCAGUUUCAUGAAUGAGAAGAAGUGUAAAGUGAUCACACGUGUUUUCAAUGAGAGUCAACAACAACAGCAAGUGAAUGUCACAAUCAAAAUAGAGAAGAACAUAAGAGCUUGCUGCAACUACAAAAUACAGAUUCAGCCGUUCUUUGUGAGCUGUGGCACAGACUGUCUGAGGCACUCUGCUUUCAUCCCGUGUUCCCCAGCUCCAAGUACAGACCCAUCAGGUGAUAAGGUUAUAUGGCUUUACUGGUUUAUCACUGGGAUCUGUGUGUUACUGGUGGCAUCAGUCAUAGCAGGCGUGAUUUGUAUGACCAAAAAACGAGCAGGGCGCCAGCAACAGAAGUGCAACUACAAUGACUUGCAAUCAGCAGCACCAUAUACAGACCUUCCUCUGCCACCCUUGAAGCCCCGAAAGGUUUGGAUUGUGUACUCUGCUGAUCACCUGCUGUAUGUGGAUGUGGUGCUGAAGUUUGCUGAGUUUCUGAUGACAGUCUGUGGCACUGCUGUAGCCUUAGACCUGCUGGAAGAUCAUCAGAUCUCAGAGUUAGGGCCAUUACCCUGGCUUACUCGACAGAAGAAGGAAAUGGAAGACCUAUCUUCAAAGAUUAUCAUCUUGUGUUCACGGGGCACCCAGGCCAAAUGGCAGGCCAUGCUUGGGAGCGAGCCUGUGUGUCUCAAGCAAGAUCAGCAGAAGCCAAUGGGAGACCUGUUUACCCCAGCCUUGAAUUUGAUCCUGACGGACUUUAAGAAGCCAGCCUGUUUUGGAAUGUAUAUAGUCUGCUACUUCGAAGGGAUAAGCAGUGAGAAAGAUAUACCUGAUCUGUUCAAUGUCACAUCCAGGUACCAACUGAUGGACAAGUUUGAGGACAUUUAUUUUCGGAUUCAGGACUUGGAGAAGUUUGAACCUGGGCGCAUCCAUCGAAUCCAGGAAAUCACAGCUGAAAACUACAUUGAUACCCCUAGUGGGAGGAAGCUGAGAGAGGCGGUACAGAAGUUCAAGAACUGGCAGAUGGAGCACCCAGACUGGUUUGAGAGGGAAACCGUCUGCUUGGAUAAUGAUGAAGAGUUGCAGUCCCUCAACAGAGAGAGCCAGGUGGAUUCAUUGCUGAGCGAACCGGGUGGGAUUGUGAAAUACCAGCUGCACCUGCAGGAGCCUGACCCGGACUGCUGUUAUGUCAUUAACCUCCACGUACAUGAAGGUCAAAGUAAGGGCUGUAAACUGCAGCCUCAACUUACUACGUGCGGGAGUCUGACUUCUCACACUAUGGUCCUUCCUAUGGAUGAGGCUCCUCUAGUUCAGAUAGUGGAGCCAGUCUCUUCCAUGGAAGACAGGAAUACACUUAGUCAUCGUGUGGUGAGUAAUGAGGACUGUAUGGAAGGAGUUCCUCUUCUGGAAACAAGCUUUCCAAUGAGGAAUAAUGUCAUCCUCCACAACGAUUCUGAAGUUUCAUCUGAAGUAGAUGACCAGAGUCCCAGAAACCUUUCAGGUGAACUGAGACACCAUCUGAAUGGACUCAUGUACUCUCUUUGCCAUCAGAGAGUCAUUCCUUCAGAGCCAUCUCUCUGCCAAGAGGAGGCUGACAAGCAACACCAGUUGGUCUUUGAUGACCAAUGCGAAGACCAGAGACAGUCAGUGCAGUCAGACCAGGGCUACAUCUCUAGAUGUUCUCCUCUGCCUCCUGAUGACCUUGUCGAGGAGGAGGAGGAAGAGGAGGAGGAUCAGGAAAAACAGGUAGUCUUCCAUGAACUCUCUCCAGAGGUCUUGAACAGUCUAAAGAGCCUCCAGCAGCAGCUGUUUUUACAGGACAUUCAACGGAGCUCUGACUGGGAGUAUUCAGCUGAGGUGAUGGACACUGGCCAAUCUUUGGAAGCCUGUUAGGCUCUGUCUGGGACCUGCUCCAUUUAAAAUACAGGUGUGGAAGGUGGAAACUACUUUUCCAACACCAUCUUUCUCUUUGUGUACAUAAAUGGCUUACUGGUGGGAUCUUCCUGUCUGCUGCUAGGAGACGGGAUUGCCCAGCAGACUGCUAAUGUUGCUUCCAGUCUCUGUGGAGAGAAGCAAUGAAUAUUAGUCACCCCUGUGAAGGAACAGGCACCAGUUCUGUUCCUUGGGGAAACAUAUUACAUUGAGUCCUCACUGAUGGAUGGCAGAAAAAAUACUGUGGCCCAUCCACUUGUGCCUUAAAAAUGCCCUCUAGCUGUACUGGUUCUAUUGCACUGGAUAGAAGUCAUGGCCAAGGUUUGGAAAAUAGAGGUAGAUUACAUGGCAAAAUUUGCAUUGCCAUUUUCAUACAUGUUUUAAAUGUUUUGUUGUAAAUAUACUGUGUGAAAGAUGUGUGCCUUAAACUUCAGCUGGAUUAGGGCUGUCUCGACCUGGUUGAUGCAUGUACCUGAAGGUCUGGGUUUUUUUCUUUUGCCAGUCAUUCAUUUACUUGAAACUGCAUUCCCAUGACCAUUCUGAAGUCAAGUGGAGUAACUGAGCAGUAAGGAGGGUAAACUUAUGAGUGUCCAUAACUCUCCCUACUGGGAGGUAUGUGCUUGAAAAAUCAGCAAUAGGAGCAAGGGGAAAAAAAGAGAUAAUGGACCGAAAAAUGGGAUUUGGGCUGCUUAUACAAUUGUAGGAAGAAUUUGGGGCUGAAUACAGAAUCACUGAGUUAGAGGGAUCUGGUGGAUUCUGUAAUGCAGUGCUGUUUGCUGUUGGACAUCUUAGCACCAGGAAGUCUUCACCUGAAGAUGUAGACAGUGGCACACAAUUAAGGAAAUGACAGACUAUUUUGGUAGGGAAAAAAAUGUGUAGCUUCAGCAGAUGCUGUUUUGGAGUGGAGAUUCUGCGCUAGGGAAGGCUGAGCUAAAAGGAGUGUUUGAUGUACUUAUGUGGGUAUAAACUCAGGCACAGCGAGUUCAAGAUAACCAUUGUGAAAUACUUAAUAGACUAAGGGGUUCAUCUUCCAGGAGCACCGAUGGUAACUGUAUCAGUUCCAAUGUGUCUUUAAAGAUUGGGCCUGAUGCACUAGAAAGCAGUUGAGGCUGGCACUGACCUUCUUUGUUAUUGUGGUUUCUGCAAUGCAGCCCACUGGUUAACAGCCUGCCAGAUGCAAAUACACCCAGGCCUUUCUCCUUGCUGUUCAGACAAGCUUGUCAUUUUCCUGUCCUUCUGAAUUUACUUGUCAAAAAGUCUUUAAGAAAAUGUUAUCUCAGUUCUCUUUUUACAAUCUGGUAACUUGGAGAAGACGUUCUUUUAAUUCACCACCAAUAUUGUAUUAAGUCUGGUUUAUAGUUUUAAUGGUUUAUUGUGUGUUUUGUUCCUUAAAUUAAAAACAAGAAUACUUUUUGGAUAUAUUUACUGAAACACUUUCAUGUCCUCAAUUCUACUUGUCUCUUCUUCAUGUUAAUACCACUUAUAGAAGUCUGAGGCAAAACUGAGAGCCGGAACUAAACUGGCUGACAC